AUGGACAAAUGGUUUGACGAUCAAAUAAAAAAGAUGAAGCUAGGCGGGAACACUGAAUGGCGUGAAUUCUACGAAUCGUCUCCCGAAUACUCUCCAAAUAUGACUCUAAAAGAAAAAUACCACAGCAGUUUUGCGACGCAAUACCGUGAAAAGUUAACAGCUAAAUGUGAGGGAAAAAAGUGGACGCCUUCGUCGAGCUCAAAUAGCAAUAGAUCAGCGACACCCAAUCACGUUAACAGCUUUGGUGGUGGUCUUUCUCCUAGCACCAAACUACGAAAUGAAACAUAUUUCGAGGGUCUAGGAAGAACAAAUGACACUCGACCAGAUUAUUUGCCGCCUAAUCAAGGGGGAAAAUAUACUGGCUUCGGUAAUCCCGCAUUUGCCAACCAAAAUACCACGAGUAGUUCUAGCGCAGUACCCGAUCUUGAUGAAUUAAUUAAUGAUCCGGUAAGUGCGUUCACAAAAGGCCUGAAUUUUCUCGGCUAUCAGAUGGUCGAAGGAGCAAAAUUGGCGGCACAAGGAGCAGAAACUUUGGGACAGACUGUUAAUGAACGAGUGAUUAAGCCGACUGCCGAAAAAGUUAGGGAUCCGGAAUUCUCGUCACAGGUUGUUGGAUAUGUUGCGGGAAUAGGUAAAACGGUGACAGAUACUGCAUCACGUGGAAUAUCAACUCUUGCUGCCGCCUCACAAAGUACCGUCUCUUAUGCACGUUCCAACUACGCUACAAUCUCUGAUAACAACUCGUCGCAACGAUUCUAUGAUAAUAAUGACAGUGAUUUCUUUGCCGAUACAAUCAAUCAAUAUCAACAAAACAAUAAUAAUUAUAGUUAUAAUGGUGGUGGUGGUAGUGGCCGUAACGAAUCCUCUUCACUUCGUAAUGAUCUACCACGAGCAUCGUCCCCGAAAAUCACAAGUUCCGGGA